AUGCCACCAACGACGUCCGGAUGUGCAUGCGCGCUCGUCGAUCCGCAGGCGGCUGAGGCGCUUCGCCGGCGGCUGGACGACUGUGGCUACUUGGACACCGGGCGGCGGGCAUUCCGCGCUGAGAGUGGCGCGGUGGCACUUCCACUCACGGCUGCUGGCGAGGCAUACGCGGUGCAGCACGGCGAGCUAUCGUUGGCUUUCCUGCCGCCGCCCACCACCGACAGGCGCACAAGCGACAAGCGGCAGCGCAUGCACGGGCGCUGCGUCGCCGCCCUGGAGUCAUCUGGGCUGCCGCGUGCGGACGCAGCGCGCCUCUUCCCCGUGCAGUCGCUGCCCUCGAAGUGGGAGAAGCUCGGCGACGUUGCCCUCUUUGCCCCAAGAGGGAUGUUUGAGCCCGGGUCGGGGGCGGCAGAGGCUCUGGCGGCGCUCGCUCCCGCCGCGAGAGAGUCUCUCCUUGCCGCGCUCGCAGCGGAGGCUGGUGCGGCGAGGCUGGGUGUGCAGGGCAGGAUCGGGCAGGUGGAGGAGGCGCUGCACCGCAAGAGCGGCGCGCGCCUGGUGUGGCCGCCGGGUGCCGGCGGCUGGGUGAGUUUCAAGGAGAAUGGCGUCCUGCUCGACGUGUGUCGCUCGAUGUUCAGCUCCGGCAACGGCACCGAGAAGGCGCGCGUGGGCAGCUUCCCGUGCGCCGGCGAGACGGUGUCGCCAGCGGCGCCGAGCGUGAUCUUCUUUCGCCGGGUGGUUGACUUGUACGCCGGCAUCGGCUACUUCACCCUCCCGUACCUCGUCCAUGCCGGCGCGGCGCACGUGCACGCUUGCGAGUGGGACGAGGAUGCUCUCGCCGCCCUCUCGCGCAACGUCGCGGCGAACGGCGUCGAGAGGCGGUGCACGGUGCAUGCGGGCGACAACGUGCAGGCGGCCGCCACGCUGGCGGGCGUGGCCCACCGGGUCAACCUCGGCCUCAUCCCCAGCUCCGAGGCGGGCUGGCCUGUGGCGGUGGCGGUGCUGCUGCCGGAGGGCGGCACGCUGCACGUGCACGCCUGCGUUGGCGCGGGCGCGAGCGAGGAGGACGCGUGGGGUCGGGCGCUUCUCGCGAGGCUCGAGGCGCUCGCGGCGGGGAUGGGGCGGAGAGGCUGGGCGGCGAGGCUCCUCCACCUCGAGCGAGUCAAGUCUUACGCGCCGCGCCUCAACCAUGUCGUCGCGGACGUGCGGCUCGCGCCGGUUCGAGUAGCGUGA